CCCAACAUUUAUGAAUAUGUUGCUUUAGGUUAUUGCAAUGUCGUACAUGAACGCGCAGGUGAAAUGGAUAAGUAUUGUCGGUAUCAUUUGAUUUCUGGUUUCGCUCUUAUUGGUUACUUCUGUGCAGCAGAGAACAAUUAUGGAACGAUAUCUUUGGUCGGGCCAGUUUUUGUGAACAGGGAGGUAACCCUGAAAGUAACACCGUUCUACCCUUGGGGAUGUGAGGUAGAAUGGAAAUACAUAAUGGAAGGUGACACACGAUUCCAAACAAUGAAUGGGCCAAAUGUUACAAGAUAUUCGGAGAAUGGGUCAUUCUUUUUGAAAUGGAACGCUUUGAAUAAAUACAACGGAUCUGAAUUCUACGCCGGAUGUUCAACAAACACAACAAUAAGAACACGCUUAAUACAGUUAAAUAUGAAGGAUAUUCCUCGCCAAUGUGGGGCUGUCGUUCUUCUUAGCCCGGUUUUUCGCGGCGCCGACGUCAAACUAGGAUAUUUUCCGUCUGACGCUGCUAUAUCGCCACAUACAUUACAUAGACGAUUAUGGAAGAAAAACAUCGAAAAUAUACAGUUUCACAACGGCCAUCAUUAUGUAGAGGAAAUAGUAUCUGAAUAUUUGUACAUAUUAACUAUAUUCCACUUUAAUGAAAGAGACGAGGGAUCAUAUAGUUUAGAGUGCAAUGCAGUGGAUAGCACGGAACCUGUGCAGCUUUAUAUUUCAGAGCGACCGAGUUAUCCAGUCCUCGGUCCACAGUACCCCGACUUUAACACAACACAAUGCAUUUACCAGUAUGCAGGCUCCGAUGUAUAUUGCAAAACUAACAAUGGAUCAGAACCUGUUAAAGUAUUACUUAUACUUGGACAUGAUUCAUUUGUUCUUCCUGAAAGCAAACAGAACAGAGGGUUGUACCGAAUCAAUAACGUCCAUCAACAAAUUGCUGGACUGUCAAGACGGAAUGUGACAUGUCAGGUUUCUAAUGCAGCCCUUGAAACACCCUAUGAAGUGCAUGGCAUUCUAUGUAACGUAGAGAAAGGAAGCCUGCCUUUUCUCACAGUUCCCGCAUUCCUUCAUGGAGAAAGUUCUACAUCAAUUUGUGAAGUGCGCAAUGCUAUUCCAGCUCCGGUUAUUGAAUUUCACAUUGACAACGUCUUGCUAGCAGAUGUUCAACAAAUCGAUUUAUUUAAUAUAUCUUCUCAUACGUUUACCAGCACAGCAACGAUUGCAAACGCUAACAAAACAUGGAAUGGAAAGCAAAUGUGCUGCACCAGGAAAAGCACGUACAGUUUUGGUUUAACAGAUGUGUCAGUAUGCAAAAACAUUAGUAUGAAAGAAGUAACAACCAACCCUGCACUAGCUGUAACCGAACAGUGGCAUUCGAUCCUUUACGCCGUAGCUGGAAUUCUUCCAGCUUUACUUGGAACGACGUUUACCGUGCUUCUCUUUCGUCGAUGCAAACAUCAUGAGUCUGAAACGAUUCUAUGCCGAAGAAGAACUGUCGUUAGAGAGCAGCAUUUGCAUGUGCAUGAUGUUGUUCAACCUAAUUUGGAUACAACUGCCCUUCACAAUCUAGGAGAUGUGUCUGCAAGUACAAUCGAGAAUACACAUGUACCAUCACUUGUGGAUAUGGAAGAAACCGAAGACCGUUUAUACGACAAUGUUUGCCACUACGAAAAUGUGAAUACCCUAACCGACCACCGAGAUAAACGUGUCGGAUAAACGAACCCGAUGCAAAUUAUAUUUACAAUUUCUAUGCUAUUUGAGUCUCCUAUCCCAAUAUUUAUGUAGUCAGAAUUUAGUAUUUUGGAAUUCUCGUUAUCAUUAUUAUUUCGCUUACAGUUUCAGUGUUGUUUUUUGUUAGAAUGUGUGUGUGUGUGUGUGCGCGUGUGCGUGUGCGUGUGCGUGUGUGUGUGUGUGUGUGUAUAUUGUUCUUAACUGUGUGUUGUCGUAUGAAGCUAUACUAGCUUUGCAGUUGUACACGUGUAUAUGUGAACAUAACGCUACUUGUAAUUUAUGUCCAAUUACUUCAGUAUAAUAGUGUAUCUUGAAUAAUAACAGACAGAGCCCCUCAAAUAUCGGUUUCAUUUGUUAAGUCGUGAGCUGGACGUUGUGCAAUGUACGUAUGCUAAUAUACUCAUGUGCCUUAAAUAGUGUUGUUCCUUUAAUGGUUCCUUUAAUGGUGAAUAAGAUGUUACUGGUGAAAAGUUAUUUACACCAUUAGAAAUAUAUUCACCAAUUAUUUCAUCUUUGUAGAUAGACACCUUAACCACUGGACCUCGUGCUUACACGUCAUUCCAAACUUGUAUUUAUGCUAAUAUUCACUUUGAUCAGAUGCUCGAGCUUUCGUUUAUGAUAUUCCAAACGUGUAUUAAAGACUUACUGAUAUACAAAUUUGUCACUUCCUCGUGCUCUUCCACGUCAUUCCAAACUUGUACUUGAAGACUUUCGAUUAUUCACUUUGAUCACAUUCUCGCGCUAUCGUUUAUGUUUUUCCAAACUUGUUCUUGUAGGCUUCUGAUAUACACAUUAGUCACUUGCCCAUGCUCUCUUACCUGUCAUUACAAACUUGUACUUGUAGGCUUACUGAUAUUCACAUUAAUUAUUUCCUCGUGCUGUCUUACCUGUUUUCCAAACUUAAUACAAUUGUGUUUUUAUCUGAUUAUAUAUUCUGCCUCUUUUCGUACAAUGUUCAUAUUAUUACAUUCAUAUGAGACCAUAGUUUUAAACCUUUAAAUCUUAGACGAUUUGUGUUAUUAGAUGGGUGUUUAGGUAAUUUUGUUUCGUAUCUGGAAAGAAUCAGCAUUGAUAGUUCUUUUGUAUUCAUUAUCACUUAAUACAAGUGUAGGUAUCUUCUCGUUGAAUACUUAACUCUUAAAGUUAAUAAUACAGUCAAAACCCGCUAUGUCGAACUCUGAUAUCUCAAUAUUCUGGCUAUGUCGAACUUUUUUGAAUGCGUAGAGUUUGUAGAGACAUGUUAUGUAUUUCGGUCAUAUCGAAUGUUCGUAAUCUCGAGGUAUUUUCAGAGGGUUACAACGAUUUCAACACCGAGUUUUUGACUGUGAGUGUAGUUUUUCUUGAUUGUAUUCAAGUUGAUGCGGACUUAUAACAGGCCUCUGUGUUGAAUUGUGCAAUAUCGGGACAAUGUAAUUUUGCGAUCUAGUA